AUGACCUUUUGCCAACCUGAUCCCAACCAGCUUGAUACAAAAUGCCAAAACCCAGUUGGGUUCUCUGCAUAUUACACAAGAAAAGGCUGCUCAUCCCUGAUGACAAGACAGCGGAUUAAAGACAGGUUUCCCUUGUUUAUCUCCCUAGCCUGUCUUCUAGUGAUUCAAGGCGGAGAAAUAGUGAUGCUAGGAUUGACAGGUGGUGAAAGUUGCCUGAUAGCUACACUAAUGGAGUUCUCCAAAAUCAUGGGAUGCACAGAGGAGUGUAGUGGGACUAGUGGCAGUGAGUCUGGGUGGACAAGCUAUAUUGCCUCCCCCAUCAAAGAAAACAACUUCGAUGAUGAUAAUGAUGAUAGCAAGAAUAAACAAGGAGACUGCAGAAAAGGGAAUCAUGGGAAUGAUGGUGUUGGUGGUGGUGGUGAGAGCGAUGACUCCAUGACCUCAGAUGCCUCUUCUGGUCCAAGUCAUCGUGAACUUCCAUGUAGCAGCAACGAGAGAAGUGUUAACAUAGGUCCUUCCAAGUAUGCAACUAGCAAAUAUUCAUCAAAAGCAAAACUUCAGAAACAAGUGAAGCAAAGAGAUGGAUCAGCAAGGAUCAUAGUAGAAAAGGAAGUAUCAGCGCUCAAGGCAAACAGUGCUGCCAGUUAUGUGCAAAGUGGAACCAAGGUAACAUAUAUGCACGAAGAUUUUAUUACUUACAUCUUCCUCCUGGAAGAACGAGAUUCAGAGCAUGCACACAGACACACUGCACGAGCACAGCUUUAUCUCUGUGUGGCAAUGUGGGUGUAG